UAGCUGAAUUCAACAUUGACCGUCGACGAACGAGCUUCGCGCAGUGCAAAAGGCGCGCGUACGUAUCGCGCACUAAUAUGGAAAAAUGAGUCAGGCCCUAUGUACCAUAAUUAUCUCGCUCAUCGCACGGAUAUGGAAAACGUAGCCGCGUAAUGCGAACAUUACGUUUACGGGGUGUUGGGGUGCAGCGUUAGCAUGAGCAUUUCUCAAGACAGCGCUGCUACGAUCGUGUGCAGGGAGGUUUUCGACGAGACGUCUCAUCCGACGAACGAAGAGUUACUGGAUUAUGCAAAACGUUUGGGAAUUGAUCCCGAUGCGGAACCACACCUUCUGGACUUGGCCCGGGAAGGUCUUAUGGCAGCCCUGCCUAAGGGAUGGUCUCCGUGCUUCCAUGAAGCUAGUGAUGCCUGGUAUUAUUACCAGGCAUCUACCGGCACCACCACCUGGGAACAUCCCCUGGACGCAGUUUACAGAGAACUCGUGGAACAAGCUAGAGCUGGCAAUAAGAGGCAAAUGAGCCUUGAAGAAGAUUCCAAGACUACAGCAAAAGAUCUUGAGUCUCAUGAGGACGCAACUUUGCCAAAAGAAACUAUUAUUCCAAAAGAAACUGUUAAAGAAACUGUCCAUGCGAGACCUGGCAUGGCAGGCACUAAAAUUCCUAUGAAACUGGCACCUUUACGGAAAGUCGAAAAAAUCGACAGUUCACGCAGAAAGGAUCGUCCCUCUUCAUUUGAUAGGCUUCAAUCAAGAAGGGAAAGUGAUUCAAAAUCUGACAACGUAAUCUCCUUGUCAAGCGAUCGGGCCGCGAGGGAUUAUACAAACUUGAAAUUUCACGACCCAAAGUUUUAUGAGUGUCCUAAAUUGCUCGAAACAAGGGAUGCGACUGCAAUAACCACGACAACACCGAUGAAGAAAGAGCUUGAUCUUAAAGAAGUACUAAAGAGAUCUGAGUCGCUGAGUCCAUGGCAUGAGAAAGAUUGGGAACAACUUUCCAGCAAGUUCAGUUCAGAAGAGAACAUAAUCGACAUUGACAAACUCAGCGCCAGUGCGUUGUCCAGACCGGAGAAACUUGAGAAAUUCGACAAAGAGAAACAUCCAAGUCAGUUGGGUCAACAAAAGGAGUUAACUCUUAGUGGUGGUGGUUCAAUGUUUCUAAAAAGUAACAGAAGUAGAGAUACCACACCUAGUCAAGAUGGCGGCAAGUUAGAGGACUUCCGGGCAUUGACAAUCUCUGACGAAACCAAUAACACUAUUGGUGACAGACCCAAAUCCAUUCUGAGGGAGAAACAACUUGAAGAUGACGAUCGACCAUUGGAUGAGGAACGCAAAAGCGUGCGCUUUGACUUAGAAAAGGAGUUCAACAUCAAUUUCACGUAUUCAGAAUCUGAGGACGAUUGGGACUCCGAAUCUGAAGAUAAGAAUCUACGGAUAUCGGCUGUAAUCAGCGAUAAAAUUACUGGUACCAUCCCAUCUCCGUGGAAAUCAACUUCGCAAAAUUUUGGGGACAACAAUGACGACAAGGACGGCUAUUCUAACGAGAAGGAGCAGGAUAAAAUGGAUUUAUCUGUAGAUAAAAUUGAAUCGUUAUUAAAAAACGCAAAAAUAGUUGGCAAGAGAUUUCUCGUGCAGAACGUUUCGGAAAACGAACAUCGUAAUCAAAUGACGAAUAAUACUCUAGAAAGAGAUAACAGCUUUGAUUUUCUACCUAAUAAAUUAGGUGAAAAAGUGAAAAACAUUGAUAUAGUGUCAAAAAGCGAAACAGAUUGCAGCACUGCAAAAAGCAGCGAUUCCGAUGAGAUACGCAAAACAAAAUUAAUUAUUGAAAGAGCAAGACACGCGACAAAUCGCUUGUCAAAUCGACAACUCGAAGAUGAUGAGUCACCUGAUAUGUCGAGAUUCAAUCAGAAUUACGCGCAGAAGGAGCGAUUUGUUCGACCAAAGUUAGAAUACUCUUCAAGUAUUGACGAUAUGAAGAUGAAAAUGAAUCGAGAACACGAGGAAGAGAUUGAAGCUUUCAGGAUCGAACUCGAUAUUAAGUUACAGGAAAAGAAAAAGGAACUUGAGGAAAAUUUUGCUCAACAGAAGAUUUUAAUAGAGCAGUUUUUGAAUCAAAGAUUAGAAGAAAUUAAACAGGGAAUGGCACAAAAGGAAGAGCAGGAAAUACAAUUAUUAAUCACUGAAAUGGAUCAAGCUAGAAUGGAAAAUUUGAACAAGGUCCGAACGGAACUAGAAGUCUGUUAUGAAAAAGAGAGACAAGAAAUAUUGGCCAAUCUAAAGACGGAACUCGACGAGAGAAAGAGGGAACUUUUGGAGUUGAGGAGUCAGGAGAUGGGCAAGCUAGAGAAUGAGCACGAACGUGACCUUGGUGAAGAAAAGCUCGCAAAGCUGAACGAAUAUGAGCUGAGAAAGCAACAUACCGAAAGAAUCGAAACCUUAAAAAAAGAGCUAGAAAAGGAAUUCGAAGAUUUAAGAAACGAAUUGAGAAUACAACAACGAGAAAAAAUCACUAAAUUUACUGAGGAUCACGAGCAGUGCUUGGCCGAAAUUCUUCGCGAUUUUAGAAUGGACGAAGCUCUCGCUCGUAAGAUGUACAAAGAGCGGCUGGAGGAAAUCCGCGCAGAUUUUGCACGGGACGCCGAGAAGGAGGCAAGAAAACAGACCGAGCGGGCUCUUCAACAAGAAAGUAUCGACUUUGAAAAGAUGCGCUGCGAGAAACGGUUGCUGCAGGAUAAGUAUACGGCGCUCAAGGAAAAGUAUAUGAAGUUGAAGAACGAUGUUCGCCUCGCAGUCGAAAGAAGAAGUAGAAGAAAGGAGGGAUAUACCACGGCCUCGGAAACAGAAAGAUCGACAUCCACUAGAACGAGGACAGACAAGACCGAUUCGUCGGAACAAAAUACUCCGCUGAAGAACGCGCGCUCGAGUCCAGUAACAAACGCGAAAUCGCAGGACAGCCAAAGCGCGAGUGAACAAGUCGAAGAGCAAAACGAUCCGGAAAAUUCAAGGAGUCAGAAAGCGGCCGCGGGGUUUCAGAAACACGCAUCCGCCGCUGCUGGCUUGAAAAGUGCAGCAAAAUUUGAAUCCGACGAUACUACUACCGCCAGCGAGACGAACACUAACAUGAUAACGAAGAAAAAGAAGAGCUUCAGUAAGAAAGCUACUUCGAGCGCGGGUCGCUCGAGCGGUAGUAAUAACAACAAUGUGGAAAAUCCGGUGGAGAACAUUAGAAAACAGCUGAAGAAGCUGGAAGAUCUCGGUGACCAACUACCGAGCAACGAAACGGCCUAUACAGUGCGAUAUCCUUUCCAAGAUAAAGCGCCAGCGAAUGCCUCUUCGGAGCUAGAAUUCUUCCGACACCGGAUGCAUGUGGAGAAGGAUUCGGUAAGAAGGGCUUGCGAGGCGCUGAGACAACAAAAAAGUGCCUUUCAGGGUAGGCAAAGAGCUUGGAAACAACGGAGCGGGAGAGCCACUCUGGAACAACUGGUGCAGGAGGAACGCGAACUCUCUGAUAUGGAGGUGAGUUUACAUCGCACCAAAAGUCUUUUAGGUGAAAAAAUCAUUCAUCUAAGACACUUGGAACAAUCUCUGGAGCGAGUGGCAAACGACAAGCGAAAUGAAAACGAUGCUAAAAAUGACGAACUAAGCGACAUGUCGAGUGCCAGCAGCGGUUUCAGCUCAACUGAUUUAGGAACUGAUACUUUUAUAGAUAAGCCAGACCAUUAUCAAGAAUCUACUGAAAUUAUUGCGAGUUUAGAAAACUUGAACUCAGAAAUACGAGAGAUUUGGGAUGUCUUGAACAAACGUCAAGACAGUAAUAUAUCUUCAACACCGACUCUUAUGUACUCUUAUUUGCGUUGGUUACGGUUUCAUCAUCUCACCACGCAGCCUAACAGCAUGCAAGGUGCCUUUGGUACGCCCAAUAUACAAUCUAACAUCCUAUCUCAAUUAACCGCUGCACAACCUCCUAUUACCACAACUCAAAACAUUAUCGCUCAGUAUGGCCCUAAUAGCGGCUUCAGCACCAGCGUUGGUACAGUCGAGAGGAACCCUUCGAAUUUGAUGGAAAGGACCAGAAAUCUCAGGGAUUGGCUACGCCAAGCUCGCGUUGAAAAUACUGAUUUGAUUAGUCCUGGUCAGGCGACUCUUUAAAGGUCUACGUCUAAAAAAUCUCUUAUCUCAAUUUUUUUUCCAAGUUAAUCCGUAUUCUCAAAUAAUUUUGAAUUGAUGAUUAAUUAAGGGUAUAGCAUUGUCAUUACUUAAUUAUUUACGUAUUUUAAUAUCUUUAUAGAAUAAUAUAUUUAUUAAUUGUGCAAUUUAUUUAUUUAGUUAAUUUAUUUUACAUGAAUUACGAUUAAGAAUUCGUUGAAAAUGAUUUUAUAUACGCUCUCUCUCUUAAUAAUUGAAAAUAAUUCUAUUUGAAACAUAAAUGCAUCGAAUUUAUAUAAAACUCAAAUCUGCGCUCGCUUAUUGCUCCGAAUCUUGUUUCUCUCUCUUCGCUAAAUUAUCAAAACUGAACUCAAGAAUAUAAGAAUAUAUGUAUACUAUUGCAAUUGAUAAUUCACAUAUAUAUAGACGAGAAGGAAAUUGAACGUGAUAAUUAAUAUGUAACACUCACAAUAGCCAUUUACAGUAGCAAUUAUAAUAAUUUAAGUUUAAAUCAUGGAGAUUUAAUUGAUCGCGCUUUGAUAAAAUUGAAACACUUUUAUUAAUAACUUUGAUUAAGAAUUUUCCAAACUUUAAUGGACAGUAUAGCAGUUUUAGCAUAAUUGUUUUAUGUAAUUAUAUUUUGUCAUAUACCUACAGAGAUCGAGAGACCAUAUCUAAUACAAGUAAAAAAAUAUAUAGAAAUAUCCAAUACACCGCGAUUUCAAUAAAAUGCUACGCCUAGCAAGACUUUUGUUUUCUUGACAAAUUCUUUCGAAAGCCAAAUAUUGCAAAACGUAUAUUACUAUAUGGUAAAAUUAAAAACUAUUAAAGAAACUUAGUUUUCA